AUGGCCACUCUACUCCAAACCUCGACUAUGAGCAAUGUCUUCUCGAGCACACCACCGACAUUCGAAGAUCCGACGGACCUCUGGCUCAAUGCACUCGACAUAUCUCAGAGCGAUAAAGGGUCGUCAAUCCAAAGCUUGCACGAGCAUUCACACACGAACCAAGAAUACAAGCCUCAAUCGCAACCCGCCAGAAGGACUCGCCGAUAUUCGAAGCCCUACAUCUCACGUAAUGACGUCAGCCCAGGCAGGGCGAAACACCUCGAACGGAACCGCGUUGCAGCAAACAAAUGCCGCAUGAAGAAGAAGGAGGAGCACAAACAGAUCCAAAGCGUCCUAGACAGCGAGGCUGCGAAACACGAGACUCUAUUGGCGCAAGUCAACGUGCUGAAAGAAGAGAUCUGGCAUCUCAAAAACCAGAUAUUUGAGCAUGCAACAAAUUGCGACGGCGAGCAGCUCAACCUACAGCUCCCGCUGAUGCCUCAGAAUGUGCUUGAAGCAAACACUGAUGGGAUGCAAUGUCUAUCACCGCCGUUUUCGGCUAGUACGUGCUCCGACGGGUCGGUCGGUGUUGGAGAUAGUGGUGGGAUCAAGUCGGGCACGCAUGAAGAUGUCGCAGAUGCUGCACCCGUGGACUGUCCUGAUGGCUUCUUUGAUAGUUUCAUUGACGUGCUAAACAUGUAG